AUGACGUCGCCCUUCACUCGGCCGGGUUUUCGCGGAGUUUUCACCAGGUACCGUGCCCCGGUGAAGAAGUUUCCGCCGCUGCAGUUCCCCACCGAUCGCUUGAGAGCCAUGGCGAGCGAGCGUUUCCAAAGAGAUGGGAUUCGAGAUGGCACCAAGAAGAAAGUGGCCCAGGAGCUGGGCCUGCGGCACUUCGGGCUGCCAGCCAGGGAUGCCAUCAUCAUCCCCCCACACUGUGAACAGGUUUGUCUCUUCACGGAUGAGGGCGAAAACUCUGCAGGGAAGGGUCAAGCGCAUGCCGGUGGCAACUUUCUCUUAGGACGCUUCGAAGUGCUAGCCCUGAGUGCUGUAGCGGACUACGAUGAAGCGUGGCGCUUUGUGCGCAGCGCCGCGACCAUGAACGGCUCGAAGAGGGGAGCGUUUUGGGUGCUUCACGCCGCAGCGUUGAACAUCGGUGAGAACGAGCAUGCCACAGAUUUUCGGGACUACAGCAACGAGAUGGGAAGGCUAGAAUUCAUUGCGUAUAUCGAAGACAUGGGUCGAAUCUACGAGAACAUUCUUCAAGCAGCUGGAGCGUUAGGCGUGACGAAUCUCGUCUUCUUCCCCUUCGGCAUGGGCGCCUUUCUGCGAAAUUUGUAUAAGCUGGAUCCAGAGUACGCUGAGGCCAACCUGCAAGGCCAACGCUUGCGGGAGCUUCGCCAUGCCCUGGCCAAGCGCUUCGUGCGCGCGCUGGGCGAAACCAAGCUCUUCGUGGGGAAGGUUCACUUGUGCAUCGCUCCGAGCGGAAGAGGAGAUGAGUUGGACGCCAACGCCACAGCAUUUCUGGCAGAGAUCUUGGCAGGUGUCAAGACUGGCUUGAUCCAUCCAAAGGCCAUCGAGACCUUGGUCAAUGCGGACGCCCUGGUCGCAGCGCAAAAUCUGGCGGAUGCUGGCUCUCGUGUUGCCUUGGUGAAUGGCGCCAAUCGCCGGAUGGUGGGAAAUCACUGGUUCUCUCACGGCGCGCGCAUGGCGAUUGAUGAGAAUUUGCACCGUCGCAGCUGGCGGAUGGCCUGCACGGCCUAUCUGCUGAACGGCGGCGCUGAGGCCGUCCCGCGGCAGCCGGAGGACUUGGCCAAGGCGGUCGUGAGACUGGGCGGCACUCUGAUCCCCUUGGCCAACAGCAGUGCUGGUGGAGACGUGAAGGGCGAUGUGAUCAAACAGUUUCGACAGUGGGAUACAUCCAAUGAUGGACGCAUCUCAAAGGAAGAGAUGACCAAAGUCCUAGUAGCGCUUGGCAUUUCUGCAAAGGAUUGUGACACCAUUUUCAAGGCGGCGGAUUCCAACAACGACGGCUUCCUCUCGUAUACCGAGUUCGUCUAUUGGCUCUACGGCGGACAAAGCAUCCCCACGUUGAGUCAAACGGGUCCGUCUCGGAAGUGA